CCAACUUCCCCUGGUGGCCCUGCAGCUGCAGCCAGACAUGCUGCUGUUGUCGCUGCUGCUCUGGGGGAUGAAGGGGACAGAGGGUGGGAAGGACACCCUGGAGGGUUUCAGCCUAGAGGUGACAAGGGAGGUGACUGUGCAGGAGGGCCUGUGUGUCCUUGUGCCCUGUGAGUUCUCCUACCCCAAGGAGCACUGGACUGGCUCAGACCCCGUUCAUGGAUAUUGGUUUCGGGAAGGGGCCAAAACAGACCGAGACCGUCCAGUGGCCACAAACAACCCACAGAAACCAGUACAGGGGGAGACCCAGGGCCGAUUCCUCCUGCUCGGGGACCUGAAGAAGAACAACUGCUCCCUGGACAUCAGAGAUGUCAGGAAGACGGACGCAGGAUUGUACUUCUUUCGACUGGAGAGAGGACAGACAAAGUAUAGUUAUGCUAGGAACAAGCUGACUGUGCAUGUGGCAGCCCUCACCAACACCCCCCACAUCCUCAUGCCGGAGACCCUGAAGGCUGGCCUUCCUAGCAACCUGACCUGUUCUGCACCCUGGGCCUGUGCAAGGGGGACACCCCCCACCUUCUCCUGGACUGGGACUUCUGUGUCACCCUUUGACUCCUCCUCCGUGCUGACCCUCAUCCUGCAGCCCCAGGACCAUGGCACCAACCUGACCUGUCAGGUGACCCUGCCUGGGGCUAAUGUGAGCACAGAAAGGACCGUCCAUCUCAAUGUGUCAUAUGCUCCAAGGAAUCUAACUGUGACCAUCUACCAAAGAACUGGUCCAGCCUCCACAGUCCAGGAAAAUGGUUCAUCUUUAUCUGUCCCUGAGGGCCAGUCUCUGCGUCUCCUCUGUGACGCGGACAGCUAUCCCUCUGCCAAGCUGAGCUGGACCUGGGAGAAUGUGAGCUUGUGUCCCUCGCAGCUGCCCAACCCUGGUCUGCUGGAGCUGUCUCCAGCGCACACUAGGCAGGGAGGACUGCUCAGCUGCCAAGCUCAGAACAACGUGGGCUCCCAACAACUAUCCCUGAGCCUGUCCUCGCAGAGCACUGCGGUUUCAUCCAGAAUGGUGCUCGGAGUCUUCAUGGGCGCGGGAGCCACAACCUUCCUUUUCCUGUCCUUCUGCUUAGUCCUCCUGGCGGCGCGGUCCUGCAGGAGGAAGUCAGCCAGUCGAGCAGCCGGGGCACAGGAUCCAAAUACCCUCAAGGGCUCGGUUUCUCAGAGUCCCCUAGUUGAACCCCAAACAGAUGACAACUCUGUAUCCCAGCGUCCCACAGCCAAGGCCGCCCCCUCCUCCACAGAGGACGAAGAGGUGCAUUACGCAUCCCUCAGCUUCCAUGAGAUGAAGCCCAGGAACCCAAAGGGGCAGCUGGACAGCACCACCGACUACUCAGAGAUAAAGCCUCAUAAGUGACCUUCAGGGUGGGGGUGGUGCACAGCUGGGGUAGCAUGCAGGGAACACAAGAUGGAGGAAACGUCAGAGCCUGGCUGGCCCUGGGUUCCAUGCCGAGCAGGAUUUUAGAGCUGCUCCUUGGGUCACACAGGUCAGGCUUGCUCCUCCGACUGCCUCGUUUCCCUGCCCACCCAACCCCCAGCCUCUGACAAUCUCUGCUGUAUCCUGUAAGU